AUGCGCCAGCUUUAUGGCAACGAUUCAAACACAAACACACUCUAUGCCGUCGCCGCUGUAAUCGAUAAGAUUCCCGAGAGCUCCGCUCUAAGCAAUCUAGAGUCUGAAGGCUUGUCUCUUUUGGCUAUUGACAAGGAGAACGUACAUGGAAAGGCUGCACCUCCUCGUCGCUUUGGAGAACCUGCAAAUGAGGAAUCUGACAUUCUGGUCUCGAUCCACAACGAACAAAAGAGCCAAAGCCCUACUGGCGUCACUCAUGAAAUCGGCCUGCGCCUAGCGAAUACCGUGUUCGUCAACGGCAAGGAAUCAACUCUUCUUGGCAUGCAGUGGACUCGUGAUAAUACCACGAAUGCAUAUACCCUGGACAGUACGAUAAAUAUGACGAGUUGUGCUGUCAAAUCUACAUCGUCCGCUAGUACCAGCCCUCAUCUCAAACUCCCUCUCUAUCCUAUUGGUGACAGGAGAACGGUGAUCGCCAGCAUGGGGAACAUCCUACGGCAGAUUUCGAAAUCAUCAGACCCCAACUCGCAGGAGCCCAUUCCUGCAUCCUCCGAACUGGAGAAGGAUCUCCCUCGGUAUAUUAAAGAACACAAUAUAACCGAUCAAAGGGUUUCCGUUUGGGCUCUGGUUGAGAAACCGGAUAUCAAAGUCGGAGAUCCCAGCUUGCCAACACGGGACUACCUAAUCCAAUCAUUAUCUCAGGGUGGUAAACUGCACCGGGUCGUGAGUGGAGGUGGAGGAUGGGGCAAGAAGCAAGGCCUUCUUUCCUUGGACCCUGAGAUCAGCUUCUCAGGCUCUGCCCAGCGGCAUGCGCUGGUUGGCCUAGACCAACUUUUCAAUCCCAGCGCAGAUGCCGAGAUGGAUCUACCACCAUUCCUUGCGAAAGGCCUAGUUGGAGAAGACCUUUCCCUGCUGUCGCAGGUCGCAACAGCUGGUGAUUUUAUCCAAUUCUUCGUGUCGGUGGACCCGGCAUCCAUUCAGGACGCUGUUCCAAGUAAUGCUGGCCGUUCAGACGGUAACAUCACAUACCGCUUUGGAAUGGUCUCAAAAGCUGAAGAAAGAUCUCCAUCGGACAUGAUGGAUGGAAACGAUAACAUCACUGUGGUGCCGAACUCGUUCGGAGCACUGUCUGAGAAGUCGAUUUCAUACACUCAACCCAUGGCGCAAGGUGGAGAAACUCCGGGAUCCAGUACUAAGCUCGAUAUCCCCGGAUGCCAGGUUGUUGUGAAAUCUGUAUAA